CAACAUCUCCUGAGACUUCAUUUUAACUCUGCGGCCAUGGGGAAAGGCUUUUACAUUAGUAAGCCUCUAGGGUUUGUGCUAUUUGGGUUGGGUGCUGGGGCCGUGCUCACCAUUUUUGCUUUGUCAGUGGUCUAUGCUCAAGAGAAACGGAAAAACGAGGUAAAUGCCAGAGACGGGACCCGCAUAGUGACGACUGCAGCACCCCACAGAACCUCGGCACCAUCGAACGAGGCCUGGGACAAGUACAGACUGCCUGACGCCCUUCUUCCUGAGUACUACAAUGUGACGCUUUGGCCUCGGUUGGUGCCGGACGAGCAGGGCAUGUACAUUUUCACCGGGAAAUCUGGAGUUGUGUUCACGUGCGUGAAGGAGACCAACCUGAUCCUUAUUCAUUCCAAUGAGCUGAACUUCACCUUGACCUCGGAGAUGCACCAUGCCAAGCUGACGGGUUUGGGAGGAACAAGCGCUCCGGCCAUACUGAAGACCUGGUUUCAAACACAAACACAGUUCAUGGUGAUUCAGCUGAAAGGAAAACUACAAGUUGGAAAAUCCUAUUGGCUCUACACGGAAUUCCGUGGAGAGCUGUCAGAUAACCUAGGAGGAUUUUACAGAAGCGAAUACACAGAAAAUGAUGUAAAAAAAGUUGUCGCCACAACACAAAUGCAGCCCACCGCCGCCCGGAACGCUUUCCCCUGCUUUGAUGAGCCGUCAAUGAAGGCCGUCUUCCAUCUGACUCUCCUCCACCCUCCUGGAACUGUGGCCCUUUCUAAUGGCAUGGAGCUGGGCACUAAAAGCAUCACCAUAGAUAAUCAAGAGGUUUUACAGACCAGAUUUGAGCCAACUGAAAAAAUGUCGACAUAUCUGUUGGCCUUUGUUGUCAGUGAAUUUACCAACAUACGAUCCCCUCCAGAGGCCAAUAUUUUGAUCAGAAUAUGGGGACGUAGAGAAGCCAUUGAAAGUUGUCAGGGAGAUUAUGCCCUUAAUGUGACAUUCCCUAUUUUGAAGUAUUUAGAAAACUAUUACAACACCACAUACCCCCUGUCCAAAUCAGACCAAAUCGCACUGCCUGAUUUCGCUGCUGGAGCCAUGGAAAACUGGGGUCUGGUCACAUACAGAGAGCUAUCGCUUUUCUACGAUCCUAAAGUGUCCUCUAAUGAAGAUAAAGAAUGGGUGGUCACUGUAAUUACACAUGAACUUGCACACAUGUGGUUUGGGAACCUUGUGACCAUGAGAUGGUGGAACGACCUGUGGCUCAAUGAAGGUUUUGCAAGUUAUGUUUCAUAUCUUGCAGCUGAUUAUGUUGAACCCACCUGGAAUAUUAAAGAUCUGAUGGUGCAGCAACAGGUUCAGAGGGCGUUUGGGGUUGACGCUCUUGUUUCCUCCCACCCGCUUUCUUCACGAGAGGAUGAAGUCAUCACACCGGAUCAAAUCGAUCAGUUAUUUGAUACCAUCACGUAUAGCAAGGGGGCUGCAAUACUAAGAAUGCUGUCUGAGUUUCUGACAGAGUCUAUCUUUGCUAAUGGACUUCAUAACUAUUUGCACGAGUAUGCAUACAGCAACACUGUGUACACAGAUCUUUGGAAAAAACUGCAGGAAGUUGUAGACGCAGAUUCAAGCAUCCAGCUCCCAGCCUCAAUAAAUCAAAUUAUGAAUGGCUGGAUUCUUCAGAUGGGUUUUCCUGUAGUAACUAUUGACACUCGAACAGGAAGUAUCACUCAGCAGCACUUCCUGAUACACCCAGAGGCAGUAGUGGACAAGCCAUCUGACUACAAUUAUGAAUGGUUUGUGCCAAUCACAUGGAUGAAGAGUGGCAGUAACAUGGGCCAGCACUGGCUGCUUACUAAAACAGCUUCCUAUGAGCCCAUGAAGACUGAUACUGACUGGUUAUUGGCCAACCUGAAUGUCACGGGAUACUACAGGGUUAAUUAUGAUCCCCAGAACUGGGAACGUCUCCUCACACAACUGAAUUCAGAUCAUAGCGUUAUUCCAGUUCUUAAUAGGGGCCAGAUAAUCGAUGAUGCAUUUAAUUUGGUGAGGGCAGAGAUAAUCAACAUAACCUUGGCUCUGAGAACAACCAAGUAUCUCUACGAGGAGAAGGAGUACAUACCGUGGGAAUCUGCCAUAAGAAAUUUGGAGUACUUUUUCCUCAUGUUUGACCGAACAGAAGUCUAUGGACCUUUGCAGAGAAUUCCCCCAAAUCUGAAGGUCACCGUGUACUGUAAUGCCAUCGCCGCUGGAGGUGUUGAGGAGUGGGAUUUCGGGUGGCAGAUGUUCAAGAACAGUACCAUUGCUGCAGAGGCAGAGAAACUGUUAUAUGGUCUAUCAUGCACUAAAGAGCCCUGGCUGUUAAACAGGUACCUGGAAUACUCAAUCGAUCCAAACCUGAUCAGGAAGCAGGACGUUACCUACGCCAUUGUGUAUAUUGCAGGCAAUGUAAUAGGGCAGCCGUUGGUUUGGGACUUUAUCAGAGCAAACUGGGAGCAUAUAACUAAGGAUUUUGAUGAUGGAUCCUUCUUUUUUGGAAGACUGAUUAAAGGCAUCACAAAAAAGUUUUCCACAGAAUUUGAACUGCAACAGUUGCAGCGAUUUAAAGAGGACAUUGCCGCAAGCAGUUUUAGUUUUGGUAUGCAGGCAAUAGAGCGGGCCAUUGAACAAACAAAAGCCAACAUUAAAUGGAUAUCUGAAAACAAAGCGCAAGUGAUGAACUGGCUGAUUGAACAGUCAGACUAAACACAGUCUCAUUAUGACCGUUUGUGUAUAAUAUUUACAUACUUGCUAAGUAUUACAUACUGUAUAUUUAUAUUUUGAAAAUACAGACAUUUUAUAAUCAAGUUUGAUAAUUAGCUGUUCUGUGCCUUUGAUUAUUAAAUUAGAUCACAAAAUAUUUUGCAGUAUUUUAUUACGUAGUUGUUUAAACUCUGAUGUUUAAGAGUUCUUCUUUUGCUCAGACAAAAAAUAUAUUUGUAUGCAUUUAA